UAUAUAAAUAAUAUAAAUAAAAUAAGAGAUUGCGGUGUAAUGACUUAACUACAAUACAGAUAUUUAAUUAUUAACUACACAAUGCUACGAGUAAUCAUCAUAAAUAUUAUAAUAAUUGUACUAACCAAUUGUGUGGAUGGUUUAUUUAAUACUAAAGGGUUUAAGAGUGGAGUUCAGUACAAAGAUGUGACGACAAAUUAUGGGGUUGUUAGGGGACGGGUGGCCAGUGAUGGUGAAUAUUUUGCGUACCUUGGUAUACCAUAUGCGACGCCGCCAGUUGCCACCAAGCGGUUCAAGGCUCCAUUUCCACCGGCACCAUGGGACGGUGUCUUCGAGGCCAAUCGAACUGUUAUAUGUCCACAAAAUGGAAAAGGUGAAGAAGAUUGUCUGAUUCUAAAUAUCUUUACACCUACUGAAACUAUUCAACAUUCACUACCAGUCCUCGUAUAUAUACACGGUGGAUCUUUUCUGAUAGGUUCAGGACCAACGAAGGGAAUGGAUUUUUUAAUUAAAGAGAAUAUAAUCGUUGUAACAAUUAAUUAUAGACUUGGAGCACUAGGGUUUCUAUGUCUUGGAAUAGAAGAAGCUCCAGGUAACGCUGGAAUGAAGGAUCAAGUAGCAGCUUUAAAAUGGUUACAAGGAAAUAUAGCGAAUUUUGGUGGGGACCCCCAACAAGUAACCAUAUACGGUAUGAGUGCCGGCGCAGCUUCUGUAGAACUAUUAGUACUAUCUAAAACGAGUGAAGAUUUGUUUAGAAGAGCUAUAGCCGAAUCAGCUUCAGCGACAUCUGUUUGGGUUACUGAUGCUAACCCUAUUAAAACAGCAUUAAAUGUUGCAAGUGCAUUAAAAUUUCCAACAAUAACAAAUAAUAUGUCUAAACUAGUCGAAUAUUACCAACAGGUCCCGGCUAAUGAAUUAAGUGAAAUUAAUACUGAGUACUACAAUAAUUUAACUGAUGGAACAUUUGGUUUUGUUCCAUGUAUAGAAGGAAAUUUCAAUAUUAAACAAGCAUUUUUGGUUGAAUCCCCUUACAAAAUGUUAGUUAAAGAGAAGUUCAAAAAAGUUCCUAUAAUGUUUAUGUUUGCUACAUUGGAAGGUCUAUAUCUACGAAGCCGAGAAUACUAUGAUAAUAACUAUAAAGAUAGAAUGGAAGAAAAUUUUCUUGAUUUUAUGCCAGCAGACCUCAUUUUUGACACGAUCGAGAUAAAAAAAGAAAUAUCAAAGAACGUUAAAUAUUUUUACUUUGGUAAUCAUACAGUAUCAAAUGACACUGUAGUGGAGUAUUUAAACUAUUUUGGUGACUAUCUUGUUCUGCGUCCUCUUCUGAAUUCUGUUGAGAUUCAUGCCAACAAUAACCCUGCGUAUCUAUUGGAGUUCGCAUACAAAGGAAAUAUGGGUAGUUCUGAGAGGUUUUACGAGAAUAUUAAAAUUGCCGGUCAUGGAGAUAUAGUAAAACACGCUAUACUUUAUAAACCUCUUAGAAAUGAAGAUAAUGAGGAUGACAAAGUAACUGUGAUGAGAGUAUCAAAAAUUAUUGCAAAUUUUGUAAAAUUUGGUAACCCAACACCAACCCGAUCUUCACUGCUUCCUCGUCUCUGGCCUGCGGUUCAAUCAAAUAAUGUAAGUUGCUUGUACCUUAACAGCGAUUUUGAUGUCAUCGAGGAGCCAUAUUGGGAGAGGAAGCUCUUUUGGGACCAGUUAUACGCUAAAUUCAGGAGACCUUUGCGUCCAGUUGAUUCUGAUUUACAGUAAAUUGCUUAUUUAUCACUUUUGUUUAUAUUUUGUUAAAUUACAGUGAU